UAAAGAUGAUGAUUAUUGUCGUGGUGACAUUUGCCAUCUGUUGGCUGCCCUAUCAUAUCUACUUCAUUCUCACUGCAAUCUACCAACAGUUAAAUAGGUGGAAAUACAUCCAGCAGGUCUACCUGGCUAGCUUUUGGCUGGCAAUGAGCUCUACCAUGUACAACCCCAUCAUCUACUGCUGUUUGAAUAAACGAUUCCGAGCUGGCUUCAAGAGAGCCUUUCGCUGGUGUCCUUUCAUCCAAGUCUCCAGCUACGAUGAGCUGGAGCUCAAGACCACCAGGUUUCACCCGACCCGGCAGAGCAGCCUGUACACGGUGAGCAGGAUGGAGUCGGUGACUGUGCUGUUUGACCCCAACGACAGGGACCCAGCCAAGUCCAGCCGCAAAAAGAGAGCCUCGCCCAGACAGCCCAGGGCCAAUGGCUACUCACGCAGGGAUUCCAAAUCUGCCUCCACCACUUCAAGCUUCAUAAACUCGCCCUAUACCUCCGUGGAUGAGUAUUCCUAAACCGCUUCCUGAUGGCUGUGAGACCACCGUGACAUGACUCCAGCAUAGGUCCCUGUCCUAACUUUGUCCGUCCUGUCGUAGAUACUUUGUCUCAGGAUAAUUCUGUGCUUGAACAGAGAAAAGUGAAACACAAAUGUAACAAAAAUACUACCGAUAAAUAACACCCCCAAAGAAAAAUGAGUCCUAAGUUUAUUCUUUAAAAAUUCAGUUACCAUAUGUAACAAACUAAAAUGCGAAUCUAAAAAACUGUCCCAAGUGUCACAUGUUUGUCACUUAAGAGUUGUAAUAUGGCUUUGUGACAUCAAGUAAUACAUAGAUUUUGCCAGUGAUUGACGAGGCUUGAAAAUACAACACUGUGAGUGAAGAGUAUAAUGAUCUAUAUAAAACAGCAUGUUUAUACAGGCAUGGAGAGCUAUAAAACAGAAAGGGCAAAUGACUGAUUUCUCCACCAGUGUGAUGGAAAAUUAAACUUAAUGAAUAGGAAGCAAUGAAAGUCUUCACUCCAGGAAAUUCAUUUUGUAGAAUGAAAACAUUCAGAGAUCUCCUCCAAGACAUUUAGCAGAAAAAGGAAUGUAGUCAAAUCACUGUGCAAAUAUACAUGCCAUUCUCUUAUUUUUCUGAGAAAAUAACUUCAAAACAAAAUAAACAUCAUUUGGCUUUGACCCCUACGUGUUUAAAGUGGAAAGCUAAGAUGUAGUCAAAUGUGGGAUCUUAAAGGACAGAGAUACGUCCUGUUAGCCUCUUUAUUUUACUUUUCAUAAAGCUUUAAAAAUUAAGUAGAUUGUAAAACACUAAAAAUGUCUUUAGUUCAGGAGGAGAGAUUCAUAUUUGCUUCUGUAACUUGCUUCAUGGCCGUAGAAAAGAAUUUGAAGUAUUGAGCCAGCAGCAGUGGCUGCCAGCCCCCAAAGCAGCCGCUUUCCCCCAUAGUCCCAGGAAAAAGUCACAGGAAUCAACUUUAUUGCUGUAUCCUCCUAAUCCCUCACUGGAGAAAAGAGCACAGACUAGGAGAAAAUACCACAGCAUAUUUCAAGUGCAAAUCCUUAAGGGAAAAAUUGCAAGAGUUACAAAAAGAAAAUGUUGAAAAACCCUAUAUGUGAUUGGUAAAUCACACAAAAUGUACCGUGGUACAUCACUGGUCAAGAAAGAAUUUGUGAUUGGAACAUACUGUGAUAUUUUCCCUUACACUUCUCUCCUGCUUCAAUUACUGCAUAUAUCAUAUAUAAGCACAUUUCUGAGACCUAAACAA